AGGUUCCGUUGUUUUGAUGAGCAUAGAUACGUCGCUGAAGAAUUCGUCGAUUUGCAGAGAGCUUUAACGGUUUCGUUGAAUUUCAAAGCGAAGUAGCUCGUUAGUUGCUACUUUUUGAUCGAGUCGCUUGGAAAAAAGCGACUUGAUUAUUCUAUACGAGGCUUUUUGUAAAAUCAGGUCGAAAGGGAUGCCGCUGCAGACAGACUCCGACGGACGCCAACAGUCUUUGGAUUUAAUCUCAUCGCAUUUAAUCGGAAAGAGCAGCUUUUCUAUAAAUUUAAAAAGCCUCAGAAUAACCCAUCCUCGACCGAGUUCUUGUGGAAGAUGCUUAAGUACAAGUGCAUGUUAAAACCUCGGCUGUAAAUUGAAGUCAGGAGCGUUUGUAGUCAGUAAGCUAGACGCUAGUUAGCCCUCCGUUAGCUGGUCAACAACAAAGCGGGAUUGUUAAUCUUUUGCUUCACCGAGUACAGUUAGGUGAUUAAAACGAGUGUCUACAGUCGACAACUUGACUUUUGAACCCUUUGUUUUCCGCCUGUGGUGAAAGUAUCGCUCGACAGCAAUGAAACUGUUGGAAAACUCCAGCUUUGAAGCCCUCAGCUCCCAGCUGUGCGUUGAAACAGGAGAGGCUCGCAUCAUUGGCAGGAUUGAGAGCUACUCCUGCAAGAUGGCAGGGGACGAUAAACAUAUGUUCAAGCAGUUUUGCCAGGAGGGGGAGCCGCAUGUCCUGGAGGCCCUCUCCCCACCUCAGUCCACCAGCACCACCAGCCCUUCACAGCUGGGGAAGAGCAGCGAGGACGGGGAGAACCCUCUGAGCGACAAGUGUUGCAGGAAGACUCUUUUCUACCUCAUCACCACGCUCAACGAGUCCUUCAGGCCCGACUAUGACUUCAGCGCGGCACGGGCCCACGAGUUCAGCCGGGAGCCCAGCCUCAACUGGGUGGCUAAUGCAGUAAAUGGCAGCUUGUUCUCAGCUGUGGGAGAGGAGUUUAACUCUCUGGGGCCUGAGCUGUGGAACGCUAUAGACCAAGAGAUCAACCUACAGGGCUGUGACAUUUACAGCUACAACCCUGAUCUGGACUCAGACCCUUUUGGUGAAGAGGGGAGCCUCUGGUCCUUCAACUACUUCUUCUACAACAAAAAACUCAAGAGGAUUGUAUUCUUCACGUGUCGCUCCGUCAGCGUCUUAAGUGGCUACGGCCGUGAUUGUCUCGACAAUGAGCUGGACAUGGAGCUCGACAGCGAAGAGGAAAUGGAUGGCUUCACUGAGGACAGGUUCCCCAGAGCUCUUUGUGUGUGAGCUUCCACCGUGGACUCACCUCAGCCAAAGACCAUCUCGGCUGUCUCCCCCCUCUCUCCACCUUUUUUUUCACCUCAUGUACCUUCUUCUUGUCUUUUUUGUUGACGUUUUGCUGCCUCAUCCAAAGCCAUUUUCACACAUUAAUCUCGUGCAUGUUUGAAGGCCUCUCCUCUGCUGGCAGUGAACUGUACCGCGAGUCGGUGGACAUUUUGUUAAAACCCUGCGGUAUCAUUUAAGCUUCUUUAGUAAGUUUUUAUUUUAACCCUGAGCUCAAUGCCCAAAUAAGCACACAUGGAUACUCACAUGGGCUUCUCUGCAUUUGCCACAUUUCCAAAGAGACCCCCUUUAUGGACACUUGAGAAGAAAAGGAAGGUCUCAUUGUGGAUAAGCGGGCACCAGAAGAGAAAAACAAAACUGCAAGCAAGUUGAAUUUCUUGCAGGUGAUGUCAAACAAGAGGAGUCCAGCUAACACCAGCAUUAAUGGUUGAGAUUUGUGAUAUUCAAGCAUUGGAAGACGCUGAGCUGCGGGCUGACUCACUGAUCAGCGGAGAACUCAUCUGUCCUUCUUUGGUUGCUAGUUUUUGUGUGUUGUGUGUGACAUUGGCGUUACUGUGAGUUUUUUUAGCACUGAGUUUAAAGUCUUUAACGCUGCGUUUAUAACUAAAACUUGUAUUAUUGAAUCUUAUUACUGCGAAAAGCUCGUCUGUACUUUAGACAGUAGGGCAUUACCAAGGGAAGUGUUGGCGCCUGGGUUGCAGCUUAGAAAACAUAUCAGCUUUUAACAGAAGUCCUGUUUGGUUCUAAUCGGUUUCCCCUUCCAUGAUUGAUUUUCUACCUUGUCUGAAUCCAGUGUUCUUUUUCCACUGCUCAACUGAUCCUUCUCCUGGUUAAUGCUCAUUUCUAAAUGUCGGUCUUGCCAGUGAUUUUCUUUGCAAACUAUACAUGUGCAAAGGCAUCAUUAAAGUGAAUGUAUAGUAGAGGAAAAACAGUGAAAUGCUUUGUUUUACAUUAUUUUUUAGACAAACAAGAAGCUCCUCCUUUACGUUCCUGAAAGUCGAUAAGAGUUUUGUGACUUUUACUUGGCUGCUCUGUGCUUUGGUUAUUCAGCCGAUAUAUUGCAGAUGUGAAUAAAGAGUUGUUUGAAAAAGA